GCUCGUCCGGCCACCCGACGUACUGAAGUAUGCAGCGCCGCGAGAGUCCAUUCGAGAGGAGGCUGCGGCCGUCAAGGAAGUCUCCACAGGUACCAUGGUCGGCAUAGGCGCGGCAUUGCUCGUCGUCAUGAUAGUGCUGAACUACCUGAUUGGCGGGUCUGAU